AACGCCUCUGCUGUGAUACUUGGGAGUCAGCAGCGAACCAGCAAACUCCGAAACAGCCACUCUGACUCUUGAGCUGUGACUGAAGCGCGCACAGCGCGUUACUUCCCUCGCGCACGGACUCUGUACGCAACCACAGCUGCUGCUGCUGCACGAGGAUUUUAAGUGGCGGUUAUAGUGCGUUUUUAAAUCUGUCAAUCAGUACGUCAUGAUGGAAAUUAUAGCGAGAGCGGCAGUUUUAACGGUCACCAGCGCUUGGGCAUAGACGCUGAGGAGGACACCGCUGAACGUUGAUGGGAUUCUGCAGCUCGUCUCUCGUUUCUUCAUGAGGAAAUUAAACGGGUGGAUUUUUGAGAUAAUAUAAAAACAAGUGAAUUAUUCUGAAUCCACUGUUUCAAACGCCGUCUUGGCUGUAUUUCUGGAGUACGUGAGUCGGUAUUCUUGGGAAGGUGCCCAUCAUCUGCAGUGUCAGCGCGACUGCGGCGUUGAUGUGAAAUCCGCAGCGAGAACAGGUAACUAAUGUCAAGAGAAUGCCAACCUCAAGAGAAGCCUGAAAACUGAGACGGAGUACAGGUAGUGAGUAGUGGACAGAGACACACUUCCCAUAAGGCACAGGACAAUGGCGUCCCACAAAAAUAGAUGGAGCUUUUUAACUUUCUUUUGCUGCAUCAUGGUUCUGUUGGUUUCCCUCAUGGCUACCAGGUCACAGCAGCCUUCAGCGGCAUCCAGAGUUCAUGAGGAAUGCAGUACAUUCAAAGCAGAAAACCCUGAAUGGACCUUUAACCACCUGGCAGUGGACCACAGAAAUGGGAAUGUGUACCUUGGGGCAGUGAACCGAAUCUACAAACUCUCCCCUGGGCUGGACGUACAAGUGUCACAUCAGACCGGCCCAGAUGAGGAUAACCGCAACUGCUACCCACCCCGCAUAGUGCAGCCUUGUAGCGAACCGCUCACUUUGACCAAUAACGUCAAUAAGAUGCUGCUGAUGGACUAUAGAGAGAACCGGCUGCUGGCCUGCGGCAGCCUCUACCAGGGUAUUUGCAAGCUGCUUCGUCUGGAUGAUCUAUUUAAGCUUGGAGAGCCCUUCCAUAAAAAAGAGCACUACCUCUCUGGCGUCAAUGAGAGUGGCUCCGUCUUUGGGGUCAUUGUGUCUUACAGUGGUGCCUCGCCUGAUAAGCUGUUUGUGGCCACAGCUGUUGAUGGGAGACCGGAGUACUUCCCUACAAUAUCUAGUCGAAAACUCACCCGUAACUCUGAGGAGGACGGAAUGUUUGCCUACGUCUUCCAUGAUGAAUUUGUUGCCUCCAUGAUUAAGAUUCCAUCAGAUACUUUCACGGUGGUGCCGGACUUUGACAUCUAUUACGUAUAUGGGUUUAGCAGUGGAAAUUUUGUGUAUUUUCUCACAUUACAACCUGAAAUGGGCGGAGGCCCGACAACCGGGUCAUCCUCAGCCGGCCGUGAACAAGUGUACACCUCAAAACUGGUGCGACUUUGCAAGGAUGACACUGCAUUCAACUCGUACGUUGAGGUUCCUCUGGGUUGUGUAAAGGGUGGCAUAGAGUAUCGCCUAUUGCAGGCUGCCUACCUAUCCAAGGCAGGUACUAUCCUGGCACGUUCACUGGGCAUAGGAUCUGAUGAUGACAUCCUUUAUACCGUGUUCUCCAAAGGACAGAAAAGGAGGCCAAAGGAGUCAUCUCAAGAGUCUGCACUCUGUGUGUUCACCUUAAAAGAGAUCAAUGAAAGAAUCAAGGACAGGUUGCAGUCAUGCUAUAAAGGAGAGGGAACACUGGAUCUCGCCUGGCUCAAAGUGAAAGACAUCUCAUGCAGUAGUGCGCUUCUCACCAUUGAUGACAACUUCUGUGGACUGGAUAUGAACGCCCCUCUUGGUGUCUCGGAGAUGGUACGCGGUAUUCCUCUUUUCUCCGAGUCCAAUGACAAAAUGACAUCCGUUAUCGCAUAUGUGUACAAGAAUCACUCCCUGGCUUUUGUUGGGACCAAAGGUGGUCGUCUGAAAAAGAUACGAGUUGAUGGUCCUUCUCACGGUGCUUUACAGUACGAAACCAUUCAGGUUGUUGACAAUGGACCAAUCCUGCGAGACAUGGCCUUUUCUUCCGAUCAGCAUUUCCUGUAUGUCAUGUCGGAAACACAGCUAACCCGUGUCCCAGUGGAAGCAUGUGAGCAGUAUUCAUCCUGUAACGAGUGUCUGGGAUCUGGAGAUCCUCACUGUGGCUGGUGUGUGCUACACAGCAUGUGCACCAGGAAGGAAAAGUGUGAGCGGUCAUCUGAGCCUCGACGUUUUGCCUCAGCUACAAAGCAGUGUGUGAGGCUCAGCGUUCACCCUAACAACAUCUCUGUGUCCCAAUUCAGUGUCAUGCUCAUUCUGGAGGCCCAUAAUGUGCCAGAACUUUCUGCAGGGGUCAACUGCACUUUUGAAGACCUAGCAGAGAUGGACGGUCUGGUUGAGGGAAAUCGCAUCACCUGCAGCUCUCCUGCUGAGAAGGAGGUCCCACGAAUCAUCGUAGACCAAGGUGACCAUCAGAUUGUGCAGCUCUUCCUAAAAUCAAAGGAGACGGGACUAGCAUUCGCCAACACUAGCUUUGUUUUCUACAACUGCAGCGUUCACAAGUCGUGCCUGUCCUGUGUCGGAAGCCCUUACCAGUGCCACUGGUGCAAAUAUCGUCACACAUGCACCCAUGACCCCAGCAGCUGCUCCUUCCAAGAGGGCCGUGUCAAACAGCCAGAGGAAUGUCCACAGCUUCUACCAGCAGAUCGGAUCCUGGUGCCAGUGAAUGUGGUGAAACCCAUCACCCUUCGGGCCAAGAACCUGCCCCAACCACAGUCAGGCCAGCGUGGGUACGAGUGUGUGCUCACCAUUCAGGGCGUGGAGCAGAGAGUUCCUGCUCUCCGCUUCAACAGCUCCAGUGUACAGUGCCAGAAUACAUCGUACUUAUAUGAUGGGAUGGAGAUGAGUAGCCUCCCUGUGGAUCUGACGGUCAUCUGGAAUGGAGACUUCAGCAUUGACAACCCAGUCCAAAACAAAGUGCACCUGUACAAGUGUGAUGCGCGGCGGGAGAGCUGUGGGCUGUGUCUAAAGGCAGACCCUCUGUUCGGCUGUGUGUGGUGUAAGGGAGAGAACCGUUGCUCACUGAAACAGCACUGCCCUCACCCGCAGAGCAUGUGGCUCGAGCACAAUGGCAUCAAUAGCAAGUGCACGCACCCCAGAAUCACUAAGAUCACCCCACUCAAAGGGCCUCGUGAAGGAGGAACGCUGGUAACUAUCCGUGGUGAGAACCUGGGGCUGGAGUUCAAUGAGAUUAAGGACAAUGUGAAGGUUGCAGAGGUGGAGUGCACACCAGUACCCGAGGGAUACAUUCCAGCAGAACAGAUUGUGUGUGAAAUGGGAAAAGCAGAAAAAAGCCAGUUUGCUGGAAAUAUCCAAGUGUGCGUUGGAGAGUGUCGUUCUGAGUUCAUGGCCAAGUCGUCCAAGUACUACUUUUUUGUGGUCCCCAGAUUGCUGAGUCUAAAGCCCAGUCGAGGGCCAGUAUCUGGCGGUACCAUUGUCAACAUUACAGGCAGUUACCUGGAUGCUGGCAGCAAUGUCUCCAUUAUAUUCAAAGAUCAGAAGUGUACCUAUCAACGGAGAGGAGGACAGUGGAUAACAUGCCGCUCUCACGCAUCAAUGCAAGGCUAUGGAAAUGUGUCUGUAUCUGUGUUUGUGGAUAAAGCUCACAUUCACAAAGAUCUCAAGUUUGAGUAUGCAGAGGACCCCACUAUCACCAAACUGGAACCUGAGUGGAGUAUUUUCAGUGGCAACACACCAGUAACCGUGACCGGGACCAACCUGGACAUCAUCCAGAACCCUCUCAUCAGAGCCAAAUACAAGAACUUAGAGGCGGUCAACACGUGUCAGGUGUUGAGUCCCACCACAAUGCAGUGUAUGGCCCCAGAGCUUCCCUAUAGUCUGAGCAGACUGAAGGAAGUUCCAGAAAGGCCUGAUGAAUUUGGCUUUAUCCUGGACAACGUUCAGUCUGUGCUGGCCCUCAACAACACCAACUUCAUCUACUACCCAAACCCAGUGUUUGAACCACUCAGUAUGUCCGGAGUCCAUGAGCUUAAACCAGGAUCCCCUAUUAUACUCAAGGGUAGAAACUUCCUGCCUCCAGCCCCGGGUGGUAAUGGGAAGCUCAACUAUACUGUUCUGAUUGGAGAUAAACCUUGUACAUUAACUGUAUCAGACACUCAGCUGCUCUGUGAAUCGCCCAAUCUGACUGGACGCCACAAGGUCUUGGCCCGUGUGGGUGGUAUCGAGUUUUCCCCAGGUGCGGUCCACAUCACUUCAGACAGUCCCCUCAGCAGCACAGCCGUCAUCAGCAUCGCCGGGGCUGGAGGCCUCCUCAUCUUCUUCAUUGUCAUUGUCCUCAUCGCCUACAAGCGCAAAUCCCGUGAGAGCGAUCUUACUCUUAAACGCCUACAGAUGCAGAUGGACAAUCUGGAGUCCAGAGUAGCUCUGGAGUGUAAAGAGGCAUUUGCAGAGCUGCAGACAGACAUUCACGAGUUGACCAGUGAUCUAGACGGAGCAGGCAUUCCCUUCCUGGACUACCGCACAUAUACCAUGCGAGUUCUUUUCCCUGGUAUUGAGGAGCAUCCAGUCCUUAGAGAUCUAGAGGUGCCAGGUUACAGACAGGAUCAGGUGGAGAAGGGCCUAAAACUGUUUGGACAGCUAAUCAACAACAAAGUUUUCCUUUUGUCCUUCAUCCGAACCCUGGAGUCUCAGAGAGGCUUUUCCAUGCGAGACCGAGGCAACGUUGCUUCACUGAUCAUGACAGUGUUGCAGAGUAAACUGGAGUAUGCAACAGAUGUCCUGAAACACCUGCUGUCUGACCUUAUCGACAAGAACCUGGAAAGCAAGAACCAUCCAAAACUAUUACUUAGAAGAACGGAGUCUGUGGCUGAGAAAAUGCUCACGAAUUGGUUCACUUUUCUGCUGUACAAAUUCCUCAAGGAGUGUGCCGGUGAGCCCCUGUUCUCGCUUUUCUGUGCCAUAAAGCAACAGAUGGAAAAAGGCCCCAUCGACUCAAUCACUGGAGAAGCCCGCUACUCACUCAGUGAAGACAAGCUCAUCAGACAGCAAAUUGAUUACAAGACUCUGGUGGUGAACUGUAUGCAUCCAGACAAUGAGAAGAGUCCAGAAGUACAGGUGAAGGUACUUAACUGUGACACCAUCAGCCAGGUGAAAGAGAAGAUCCUGGAUGCCAUCUUCAAGAAUGUCCCCUACUCACACCGACCAAAAGCAUCUGACAUGGACCUGGAGUGGCGUCAAGGCAGAGUGGUGCGAGUUAUCCUGCAGGACGAGGACGUCACCACGAAGAUUGAGUGUGACUGGAAAAGACUUAACAUACUGUCUCACUACCAGGUGACUGAUAAUGCUGUGGUAGCUCUUGUACCCAAGCAGGUGACUGCAUACAACUCUGUGAACAAUUCCACAGUCUCCAGAACAUCUGCCAGCAAAUAUGAAAACAUGAUCAAAUACACAGGCAGCCCAGACAGUCUUAGAUCUCGCACCCCAAUGAUCACACCAGACCUGGAGAGCGGACUUAAGGUGUGGCAUUUGGUGAAGAACCAUGAGCAUGGAGACCAGAAGGAGGGAGAUCGUGGCAGCAAAAUGGUCUCAGAGAUCUACCUGACCAGGCUGUUGGCAACCAAGGGCACUCUGCAGAAGUUUGUGGAUGACCUGUUUGAGACCAUCUUCAGCACUGCACACAGAGGAAGUGCCCUCCCUCUCGCUAUCAAGUACAUGUUUGACUUCCUGGAUGAACAGGCCGACAAGCACAACAUUUACGACCCGCACGUCAGACACACAUGGAAGAGCAACUGCCUACCUCUACGGUUCUGGGUGAACGUUAUCAAGAACCCACAGUUUGUGUUCGACAUCCAUAAGAGCAGCAUCACGGACGCCUGUCUGUCUGUGGUGGCACAAACCUUCAUGGAUUCAUGCUCGACGUCAGAACACCGCUUGGGCAAAGACUCCCCUUCUAACAAGCUGCUAUAUGCCAAGGAUAUUCCCAGCUACAAGAGCUGGGUUGAGAGAUAUUACUCAGACAUUAGUAAGAUGCCUGCAAUCAGUGAUCAGGAUAUGAACGCAUACCUGGCAGAGCAGUCCCGCAUGCACAUGACUGAGUUCAACACCAUGAGCUCCCUCAGCGAGAUCUACUCUUAUGUGGGCAAAUAUACAGAGGAGAUUGUGUCUGCACUGGAGCAGGAUGACGGUGCCAGGAAACAGAGACUGGCCUACAAGCUGGAGCAGGUGGUCGUCUUUAUGAGCCUGGAGAGCUGAGGACCACAUUUCCCAGAGUGCACUGGGAGAUCCAUCAGAAACCGAGCCGUGCCUGAGUGAAGAUUUGUCCAUCUAUCUCAUCUCUUCUGUUUGCAAUUUUCCUACAAAACCAAGCGUUUGCAUCAUAUUAGCUCUGCUUCCUAGAACAGUAGAGAUGGGAACUGGAGGGUGGGCAGAGGAGCCAAGGACUACAUUACCUAUGAUGCAGUCGUUUUGGGUUGCCAUCCGGCUCUGCCGUGUAGAGGAAGGUUGGCUACCUACGAGUUCUGCUUCCAUCUGCUCCAUCCUUCUCUCUGACUAGAAAAAAAAGAAACAUUUCUGUUGCCUUCAAAGUAUAGCUGAUAAGCAGAAACCACUAUGUUUGGUGUCAAUUUGUUCUGACUUUUAUGACUAGGGUAGUGUAUGGCGCUAAUAUAGAGUCCUGUUUACUGUAGUACCUUUUUUUAAACAUCGAAAAGCAAGACAAAAUAUGGUACUGCAUGCAUCUAAAGAAUGCAGACCAUUUGGGCCAUUUCAAAAGACACCUUGAGAAUGUGGCAUUUACAGGAUGUACAAGAGGAUUUUUACUUCAUAACUGAGCGCUUUGAUAAGAGAACAAUCAAGCCUGGACAACCUGCCUGCUUAUUUUCACUUUGAAGAGAGUGAGGUGCAUUUAAAACCCUUGAAACACAGGGAGUUAGUGCUUCAAUUCUUCUGUUUUUUCCAGGAACCUACUUGACUCUAAAACGUAGAGUGUCAUCUUGUGGCAUUCGCAUAGCUCUACACUUCACCCCAAGCCUUCAUGUUGGCAUAUACAGUAUCUGGCUCCUGCACAUCUCUCAAUUUAACCUCUAAUGACUAGAGGAAAAGCCAAGGUUUGAUCCCCUUAGAAGCACACACACCUCACCCUGCAGUGGGAGCAGAGAGCCACGUGUCCUCCAUCCUGGUUUCCAGGACCUACGCUGUGCUGAGGACAAAAAUCUCUGUUAUCUUAAAAAAAGCACACAUUUCAUAGAUGACUCAGUUCACACAUACAGUGGGGGGACUUUAAUUACAAAAUAUCCUACUCAGAAUUAGUUGUUACUGGGUGGUAAUAGAGAUGCACCCAGACGGGAUGAGUUGCUGAAAGUGCACAUGUGCAUUCUGCACUGUUCACUGCCACAGGGUCUACCCGUAAUUACUCUGAGCACUCUGGACGCGGCUGGGAAAAAACCCCACACACAUGGACAAAGUUGGUCAGCAGAAAACCAAACGAACCCAAUUGAAAAAAAAAAAAGAACAAAGAUUGUCUGGAGAAUAAAUUACCCCUGAGAAACUGAACACAAGGCACUGUUUGUUUUAUGACCUGCAGAAUGAAUCUAACGCUCUAUCUGCAGUCUGAUAUUGGUUUCUCUCCAUUAUUCUUUGUACGGUACAAGGGGGGAGGGAUGGUGCUUGCUGUAGCUGGCCUUGAGAGACCCAACCUGGGCUUACGAUUCCCAAAUGACAACGGUUGGAGUGUCAAGGACUUAAACAUAUUGGCUGUAACUUUGACAAAGAGAAAGAGACCAUUUAGCUGUCCUCCUUUGUCCUCUGAGCAUAGACCUUCCUUUACCCUUGACAGCGUACCCCAUGUGGUGAUGUGAAUGUGUGGAGACCAGCCCAGGUCUGCCUUGGGUUCUUUAUUGGCUUUUUCAACGCAUGUAUUUCAAUUUAAACUUUAAAAAAAUAAAAGAAAAAUGGAAAAUAGAAAAAAUAAGCCUCGCAAUUGAUGAUGUGGAUGUGUUCUUUUCUUUCAUUUGCUUGGAAGAAUGAGAUGGAGAAGAAAAAAUGUAUCUGUCAUCUUAAAAAUUGCAACCUUGAUUAAGGUGGAACCUUUAUCCUGCCCUUCCAUUCAACUGCAAUGACCAUUUGUGAAUGUUUUAGAUGCUAGCUAAUAAGGCUAAUGAAACCUUAAGCAGAUAUAGUAUAUACCCUUGCAUGCUGACCUAUUUGGAUAUGAAAUGAUCUGCCUUGCUAGCAAUUUAUCUAAUACUACUAUGAAUUUCUAAAGUGAACCAAACCCUUGUUAGACUUUCAUCAGACUCCUGUGCUCAUGAGCAAAACAAAAAUACCUUUCUAUCAGGUAGACUGUGUUUCUCAGAGGAUGUCAAGCUGAGAGUCCUCAUUCACCGAUUACAUUGAGCCAGACCAUUAGUGUGAACACUCCAGCUGCUCAUUCACGCGAGGUUCCCACCUUAAAUGCUAUUUAGGGGUUUUCACAAAGAAAAUAAUGCAUUUUUGUUGUCUUUAAUGUGCAAAUCUAAAAGAGUUCAUUCCCUUAAUGAGUUUGUUUGUACCACAUCAUAUCUGUUUUGUAUUUCUGCAUUUUUCCAUAAAUCUGUUUGUAUUAUAGGUUUGACUCAUUUUGAUACUGCAUUAGCUUUCCACAAAAUUAUUUUUUAAUGUUUUUUUUUUAAUUAUGUGUGUGAUUGCUUUGGGUUUCCUUGUGUUAUUUCUUAGCAUAUCUUAGUAGCAGUGGACUAUGUUUAUUAGGUAUUUCAGGUACACAGCUGCACAGAUACCACUGUCAAGAUUUUUAGGUAUUAUGUUUUAGACAAACCUUUCUGAAAACUGACAUGAAGUAUAACCCGUAAAUCUGUUAGAAAUCUUGAAAUUGACGCUUAUAAUUAACAGUGUAAUAAUUUCUUCUGGGAACUAAUUUAGGAAAUCUAGAGAUCGUCAUAUUAUUGUGGAAAAACCUGUGGGGAAAAAAGCAUUUCAAUGAGCUGAUAUUUCGAUGAAGUGAAUCGUUCUGGAUUUCCUCAUGACUCUAAUCCUGUAUUUACGUUCCAUGUUUCAUCUGUCAUGUACAUCCACAGCAGGUGUCAACAGAACCACCCCCUCCCUUAUGUCCAAAAGACCAGAUAAAGUUUUCCACCUUAAACAUUUUGUAAGAACUAAAAAGUCCUUUUAGCUCAGUGUUACGGAGACCUGUUAGAAUAGACUUUUGAAUAUUUCCAGUUUUGAUGCAAGAAAAAGUUAUCCUGAUGGAAGACGAGAGAGAGAGAGAGAGAGAGAGAGAGAGAGACCAGUGGAAAAGCAAGCUUCUCUAAAUUUGUUAUAAUUAAUUGUAUACCUGUGUAUGUAAAUAUAAUGCAUUCCUAUUUUGCAGUCAA